AUGGGAAAUGGGUUUCUUGAUGGAGUGGAGGACGAUGCGGCUGUCCGAACUUGGGCUGAGAUGACACAACACGAAAAAUGUGAUAGUUUGGCCGAGGGAUACGUAUCAGAAUUAUGGGACUUCACCCGUGUCAGCGUAGCUCAAAAUAACUUGCAGGAGUUGAAGGAGAUUUGGGAUCAGUGGAAUAAUGAGAACCCGGCCUACAGUUGCUUCCCGUUUGGAAAGGUUGAUUUGGUGCCUACAAUAGAGGAGUACGUGGCAUUACUUCGGUGUUCGAGGAUUCAGGUAGACAGAAUCUAUUCGAAAGCGGUAAAUGUGCCAACCUUCUUGAGGAAGCUGAUGAAUAUAACGGGGAUGAGCGAGCAAUGGGUUACAGCUCGGAUUAAGCAAAAGGGGGAUAGCAGGUGCAUUCCUUGGAAAACUUUGAAAGACCUCAUUUUAGCGCACCCAGACACGAGGAAGAAGGUAGAUAUCUUUGCUUUAAGUAUUUAUGGUUUGAUUGUGUUUUCUAAGACAUUGGGGCAUGUUGACGAGGCGGUUACUGACUUAUUCGAUCGGCUUGAUAAGAGAGUUACGUCAGUCCCGGUAAUUUUGGCAGAAACCUUCAGGUCACUGAAUGUUUGCCGAAGAGCGGGAGAGGGUAGGUUCAUUGGAUGCACGCAGCUCUUACUUGCUUGGUUCCACAGUCACUUUUGGAAGGAGGAUAAGAAUUUGCAAGAGGAGGAUAUUGAGUGGAGAGCUCCGUGGUUGCUUCCAGAUGAGGUUCUAUAUCGGUGUGGGGAUUUCGACUGGGUUCCUUUGAUUGGAAUUUGGGGAGCUAUUGGUUAUGCCCCACUGUUAGUGUUGAGGCAAUACAGGUCAAGACAGUUUGUGCCUGCAACUCAUGGAUUGGCUGAGUGUGAAUUCUCGUAUAAAGAUGAUGGUUACAAGAGGAAAGCUCGUGAUAUGGCCAAUGCGUGGAAUCAAACUCGCCGAAUGAAGAGAUUAGCUGUGGGUCCAAUGACAAAUCUCGAGUACAAUGAAUGGUGGGUUAAGAGGAUCAACGAUAACAUUCCUGGGCCAAGUCUGGAAAAUAGUCAGUCGAUAGAAGAGCAUUUGCGUGUUGUCCCCACUGAACUGGAGAUCAUAAAACAGGACUUUGAAAGGAAGAAUGCAGAAUAA